UUUUUCCAACAAUAAAUAGAUGCUUCUCUUUGGUUUCCUCUUUCUAUCUCUUUCUCAAUCUCUCCUUCUCACCUUCUCUUGCUAUUAUUGGUCAUAUCCAAUAUGGGAAGAGGAAAGACGGAGAUGAGGAGGAUUGAGAAUGCUACAAGUAGGCAGGUGACCUUCUCUAAACGCCGAAAUGGACUUCUGAAGAAGGCCUUUGAGCUUUCAGUACUUUGUGAUGCUGAGGUUGCUCUCAUCGUCUUCUCUCCGCGUGGCAAGCUCUAUGAGUUUGCUAGCUCCAGCAUGCAGGGCACUAUUAACCGAUACAUGACGCAUUCAAAGAACAUAAACAUUGAAAAGAGAAUGCCUGACCAAAAUGCACAGCAAUGGAUGCUUGAAGUUGCAGCCAUGGCGCAGAAGGUCGAGCUUCUUGAAGGCUACAAAAGGUGAAGUUUCUUA